AUGGGCACAGGCGGAAGCAAAGAAGAUAACGAUACGAAACGAAAGAAAACAUGCAAAAAAAUUCCAAAAAAAGAUUUAUUGGAAUUAGAAAGCAAAACAUAUUUUACUAAAAAGGAAUUACGAAAAUGGUACAAAGAUUUUAUAAAAGAUUAUCCCGAUGGAAAACUGAAAGUGGAAGAAUUCCAGAGUAUUUAUAAACAAUUCUUUCCAAAUGGUGAUCCGAAAAAAUUUGCUACAUUUGUGUUCAGUGUCUUUGACAGUAAUAAUGAUGGUUAUAUAUCGUUUCAUGAAUUCAUUGUAGCCUUAUCAAUCACAUCACGAGGUACACUCGAUGAAAAGCUAGACUGGGCUUUUUCAUUAUAUGAUGUAGACAAAGAUGGCUACAUAACGAUGAAAGAAAUGGCAGAUAUUAUUGAUGCAAUUCAUUCAAUGAUCGGUGAUAUACUUCAAUUACCCAACGAUGAGGACACUCCCGAGAAACGAGUUGCCAAAAUUUUCUCUAAUAUGGAUUAUAAUCUUGAUGGUAAAUUAACGCUUGAAGAAUUCAAGCAAGGCUCUAAAAAUGAUCCAUGCAUUGUGCAAGCUCUUACAACGGAUAUUCAUCAGUAA